GCCACACUCAGUCACAAUAUUUUAGUGCAUAGUUUUUUUUUUAAUAAAUUGUAAAAAUACUAGAAUAAGCCAAGUUUUUAUUUAGCAAUCAACUUUAUAAAGCAACAAGAACACUAGAAACCACACACCGCUUUGGCCCUGGCAAAACACACACACUCUUCUUUUCGCCCCACUUCCCCACGCCUGCUAUUUAUUUUUCCUCCUUUCCACGAACACCUCCUACGCCGUAUCCAAGAGUUGCUUUGAUAGAACGAUAGAAUACGUACACUUAAAAGAUUUUGAAGAAAAUCAAAAAGCAAUGUCGGAUCUCUUUACCACUUUCGAUAGCAACGGCGACGCCGAGCACAAUAACUACACCACUUCUAACAGCGGCCAUCGCGACAACUCAAUGGCCUCGCCCUCUCAGCACAGUCCCAUGACGAACAACAGCAACUCAUCUUCACAAAACGGUGGCACAACCGCGGGCACAGCGACUGGUUCAGGUGGUGGUAGUGGAAAGACAUCCAAUCAUACAGCCUCAGCCGGAGGUGAAACCACACCAAUGCUGACAAAGCCACGUCUUACGGAAUUGGUUAAGGAAGUGGACACCACCACGCAAUUGGACGAAGACGUAGAGGAGCUGUUGCUGCAGAUAAUAGAUGAUUUUGUCGAGGACACGGUUAAGUCAACCAGCGCAUUUGCGAAACACAGAAAGUCCAACAAAAUUGAGGUGCGGGAUGUUCAAUUGCAUUUUGAGCGAAAGUACAACAUGUGGAUACCCGGAUUCGGUACAGACGAACUGCGUCCGUAUAAACGCGCCGCAGUUACAGAAGCGCAUAAGCAACGCUUGGCCCUCAUUAGGAAAACGAUUAAAAAGUACUAGCCCGGAUUUCGUUGCAUGCUCCAUACAUGCCACCAAUUUUUUAAAGCUCUAAAGUAGUAUAAGAAGAAAGUUACUCCCAUUCUAACAAACUAAUUCUUAAUAAAAGUGCAUUCUUGAUUUUA